AGAUAAUCAUUUUCUAUUGUAACUAAUGGAGCUUCGCUUACAUUAUUCUUAUUUAUUAUCAACGUUUUCAUAUAUUACGUAAUCAUUUGUUUCUAGCCCUUUUGAUUUUUUGUCAUUACCGAUGUUGUAGAACGUUCUUUUGUAUAAGAUAUAUUUUAUUCAGUCUAUUCAAUUUAUUUGAAUCUUUGCUGUGUAAUCAUAGUAACUUCCAACUAAACUGUUCGAUAUACGCAAUAUAUGAUGUGGCGGCCUGUUUGAACAUCUGUGUUACCUGCUCCUGCCAUCUAGAUAUUUCAAUAAGUUAUCUAAUUUUGUUUUAAUACAUCAUUAUAGCUAUUAAUCGUAUAACCUAUUCAGGUGUGUUUCCGAAAAAUGUACAACCUUACGUUGUACAAGUUAAAAAAAGUCCAAUCAGAGAUAUCGUGGUUGCUGGUAAUAUACAUUGAAAAGAGUGAACAUUAAUCAAAUGUCGAUUCCUGAAGUGCUAACAUCUAACUGGCGACCACUUAAUAUUUAUCUAAAUUGCAUUAAUAGUUUCAUCGUUUGGUGCAAUUUUAACCUGGGGCAGAGAUACUAUAACAAGAGAAUUGGAUGAUGUAAUUGGUCCAAUGAUUAAGAAAAUGUAUGGUGAAGAAGUAGCGCAAGAUUUCACAGAUAUGGCAUCUGGUAUCUUACAAUUAACAAGUCCAUUCGGUUUCAUUUUAUUCAUAUUAGGAUUAGUUUCCUUGGCUAUUUGUUUAUUCGGUUUCUGUGGAGCAUGUUGUAAGAGUAUUCUUUGCCUUAGAGUGUACAUUGGGUUACUUUUGGUACUGGUCAUUAUUGAGACUACUGCAAUGAGUUUUUAUUACACCGAUCGUGAAUCAAUAUUCAAGUUAGCUAGAAAAAUUGCUCAUAACUCUCUGAGAAACUAUCGUUCAAUUGGUUCUAAUAAUACUGAUAGUAUAAUAUAUUCAGUUAUUAUGCCAACUCUAAAUUGUUGUGGAUUAUUGAAUGGAUCUGAUUUUGAUGAUUCACCUAAUUUUCAAAGAAAAGUACUUUUUAAUGAACAAAAUUUCGAUUUGAAAUAUCCUAUUCCAUGUUGUAAAAUGGAUGCUAAAUUUGUCGUUCUUGAUCCAACAUGUCCGGGAGAAUUUAACAUUAAGAAUUCAAACAUUCAUGAAGGUUGUUGGGUGAAACUACGACAGGUAAUUGGCUUCUACGGUGGAAUGAUUGUGAUUUGUGGAUUAGUUGUAAUUUUAUUCCAAUGAUUCAAUAAUUUAUAAUACAUACUUACUCCUGUUACUCCUCGUGAGGGAGCAUGGACCGCUCACCAGCAUUCACCAUCCAACCCUGUCCUGGGCAAUCCUUUCCAGCUUUUCCCAGUUCUUAUUCAUCCUUUUUAUAUCUGCUUCUAUUUCUCGACGUAAUGUGUUCCUUGGCCAUAAUCUUUUCCACUUCCGUUCACGAUUCCAAGUUAGGGCUUGCCUCGUGAUGCAGUUUGAUGAUUUGCGUAAUAUAUGUUCUAUCAAUUUCCAUCGUUUUUUCCUAAUUUCCUCUUUAGCUGGAAGCUGGUCUGUUCCAGAAUAGUAAUAUGUAAAUGUUAUUGAUUUGUGUAGUGAUGAUCAUUUCAAAUAUAAGUCAAAAUAAAGUUUUUCUUGUUUA